AUGCGGGAGAUUAACCCAGAUCGGGCUGUGACAGAUUUGGCCGUCUCCCUGCACAGGGUGAUCGGUAGUUCAAGGCCAACUGUGAAGGAUUUGAACCCACUCAAAUUAGCAGCAAGGCAACUACGAAACUGGCCCUUUGGAGUAAUCUGGUGUAAUGUAUACGUCACGUGUGACGUUCUAGCUUGCUCAGCUUCUAUAAUGCACAUGUGCUUCAUCAGCUUGGGUCGGUACCUGGGGAUCAGGAACCCGCUGAAGACGAGGCACAGCACCACCACGAGAACGGUAGUUCUCAGGAUAGCCCUAGUCUGGCUGUUGUCCAUGCUAGUAUCCAGCUCAAUCACAGUAUUAGGUAUAAUAAACCACGAAAAUAUAAUGCCCAAACCGGGGUCGUGCGUCAUAAACAACAGGGCAUUCUUCGUUUUUGGUUCCCUCAUAGCCUUCUACAUGCCAAUGGUGAUCAUGGUUGUCACCUAUGCCCUCACAGUCCAGUUGCUUAGGAAAAAGGCCAGAUUCGCAGCUGAACAUCCGGAAAAUGACCAGUUCCGUAGGUUAGGGGGGAGGUUUGCUCAAAAGCAGGAGAGGACACCUGCCAUAUCCGCCAGUAUGUGGAGGACCGUAGGAAGUGGAGAAAGGUCGACUAGUAGUAUGAGGAUAAGCGCUUCCCACACCCAAUUGCCGUACGUCAACGGGGGAAGCGGAGCCAACCAAGUAACAGGAGGUAGAAGAGACCAAAGCACUCAAACUCCCGAAAACAUAGCCAGGGAGACUAGGAACUGCAAGCUGCGGUCGUUGAAGCUACAGCUGAAUCACACAACGUCCAAUUUGACUAAUUUCAGACUGCUGGCGGGUCGCGUGAAGCGAAAAACCAUGGCGGCCAACUCCGUGGCCACCGAGCAGAAGGCUUCCAAAGUCCUCGGCUUGGUGUUCUUCACCUUCGUUCUGUGCUGGUCGCCCUUCUUCAUCCUCAACAUCCUCUUCGCUGCCUGCCCGGACUGCCACGUGCCCCAGCACGUCGUGGUGGUGUGCCUGUGGCUGGGCUACGUCAGCUCCACCAUCAACCCCAUCAUCUACACAGUGUUCAACAAGACCUUCAGGGCGGCCUUCAUCAGGCUGCUGCUGUGCCGCUGCCAGAGGUUGUCUCGGCCGGUGCGAUACAGGUCGGUCAAUGAGAGCAGGGGGGCGACGAGCCUCUGCACCCCUUCGGCGCUGCCCCUGGCCAUCAGCCUGCAGGGGACGCCCCUGCUGACGCCGGCGUCCACAGAGAGCUCGUACGUCAUCAGGACGCCGUCGUCGAACUUCAUCAGGGAACGGGAGGACUCUUACGACGAUCACGAUUGCUAG